AUGUCCAGCCAACAGCAAGUAGACCCAAAGAAGCAGCAGGAGCUGCAGCUCCAGUACUCCAACUUCAAGAACACCCUCCAACAGCUAGCACAGAAGAUCGGUGACAUCGAGCAGGAGGCCGAGGAGCACAAACUCGUGAUCGAGACAUUGGACCCUCUCCCCCAAGAUCGCAAAUGUUUUCGCAUGGUCAACGGCGUUCUUGUCGAGCGUACGGUGAAGGAUGUUCUGCCAACACUUAAGACAAACUCGGAUGGCCUGAAGCAGGUGCUGGAGGAUAUGCUGAAGCAAUACAAGUCGAAACAGACGGAGCUGGAUAACUGGAAGAAGAAGAACAACAUUCAGGUUGUGCAGCCCUGA